GUCGAUGAUAAACAUGCCCUGACCGUCACCACCACCGGCUCUUCCAUUCUUCCAUCCAAUCCACGACAAAGACACCGACAACCGAGUCACAGACCACGAUGGCGAGCUUCCACUCCCACUCUGCCAGUCCCGCCGCCCUCUCACCCGACGACGACCCCCGACCGAGACGGCCUUCACGAACAUCCCUUCACGAUGCCGCCGCCGCCCCAGCACUAUCACCCGGGUCACCAGGCCACGAGCCUGAGGACGAGGUUGACUCGUCCGAGUUCAACGCCGACAACGUCCCCGUUGAAGUCCUCGUCAGGCACCUCCUCGCCGCUAAACAGUCCCUCUCCUCCAUGACCCUCGUCCUGCGCGCCAACGACCUUGCCACCUCUGCUCGCCAGAUGCACCAAGAAUCCGUCAUCCUCUCAGCCCAGACCGCCUUUCUGCGCCAUGGCAUACUCGACGAGGUGCGCAUUCUCCAGAAGCUGCGUCGCGGCAUGGCGCGCGCCUACGACAACGGCACUCGCGAUUUCAAGCACAUCAUCCGCGACCUCGACAUCGCCGACGACCGUCUCGAGAAGAUCAUGGACGUCUUGGGCAACACCACAGUCGAGACCGUCUUCCGCCAGCCAGGCGAGGAGCCCAAGUCCCUGCUGGAUUUUGUCGACCCCAAGAUUGUCGAGCAGGUGCGCGACGCGCUGAAGGAAAGCAUCCAUGAGCUUUCAGCAGCCAAGACCUCGUUUGAUGGCGAUCUCCUGCGCUUCGACACCGACCUGCGCACGCUUACCGAUGCCAUGGCCGCCGCCGCCUCCCUCUCCAACCCAACUACGACCGCCGAUGGCUAUCCCCCCGACCAGCGGUCCAUACCCAACCUCCUCUCUGCCAUGUCCGACGGCUCUCACCUCAUGGCCGAACACCUCUCCUCUUUGACUCGCCACUUCGACAUGUGCGUCACAGCCGUGCGCACCACCGAAGGCGGGGCUGCUUUAGCCCGCCGCCGCGCAGCAGAAGUCACCUCCUCAGACGAGGACCAAGUCCCAGUGUCCAUAUCAGGCGUCAUCUCCGCCCAGGAAUCGGAAUCAGGCCCGUCAGCUUUCGAACCCAUGGACCCCCUCGAGCGCCAGGAACUACUACAUGUAGUAAUGCGCGACGCCGCUGAGGUGGACGACGUAGUUGCCGAUAUUCACAACGUGCUACAACAAAUGGAAAUGGACCAUGCGUCCCUCCAUUCGCUCUUCUCCGCCAGCCGGGCCUCCCACUCCGCCACGCUUACCUGCUUCUCUCUCCUCGAGGAAAUCGGUGCCCGGGCGUCCUCGUACAUCGCCGCCGAGGCCGAGUUCGUGCAAAGAUGGAAAUACGAGAAGGAGAUUAUUACCGAAAACGUGCAAAAGAUGGAGGAGCUCAAGACGUUUUAUGAAGGGUUUCUGGGAGCUUAUGACGGCUUACUGCUCGAAAUGGAACGACGAAGAACGGUGGAGGAGAAGAUCGAUAGCAUCUGGAAGAAGGCGAGGGAGCAGGUGGACAAGCUGGUGGAAACGGAUAGGAGGCAGAGAGAGCAUUUCCGGUUGGAGGUGGGUGAUUAUGUGCCGGCGGAUUUGUGGGGGUUGAUGGAUAGGCCGCUGGGAAGGUGGACGGUUGUUCCACUGGAGGACACCAGGGAGGGGGAUGAGUUGGAACAACAUGGAGAACCUGAGAACGAGGGGAGGGUUGAGACUGCAUAUGAGAGAGAAAGAGAGCCGAGUACGCCGACGCCAAGAAAGGUGCCAUUAUAUGGACCUGGGCCGGCAGGGGAACGACCGUUUUGAUGAUGAUACGAUGGUCUUGGGUUUAUGAUUCAAAUUGGGUUUGUUGGUGUUUGGGACGGCGUAUGUUUGGAGUUCUUAGUCAUCGGGCAUGGCAUGGAAACAGGUGUGGUGUGGCUGGAUGUCACGACUGGCAACAUUGGGGCUUGGAAGG